GUCUGUGCUGCCGUAGUUCGGAGUCCGGAAGCAUCAUGGACAUCGGGAAGCCAAAAACUCGUUGUUGUGAACAAAUGUAAGAAAAUUGCAUAUGUUAUUUUUAAACGAAGAUGAGUUGAAUUACAUAAUGGAAUGCAUCAACAUUGUCUUUCCUAGUCUUGGAGCAGUGAGGCCUAAUCCUCUGUGAUUAUAGCCUAUUCAAAAAUGUCAGGCCAAGAGAAAUCAGACAAGGAUGUGGACAUGUGGUCCUCCCUCCGCUGUCUGGGGUAUCUCUCCAGCUUCAAUUUGCUGGUAGCCGUGUGCUUGGGAAUGUACGUACGAUGGGAACAUACUGCAGAGCCCAUGAUUCUGGUCAUCUUCAUCUUGGGUUUGUUCGUAUCAGCCAUAGCUUGUAUCCUCUACUACUACUUUUCAAUGGAGUUGGCCAGUUUAAGUCUCUUCCACCUGUGGUUCGGCUUCCUGCAGGGACUCCUGUGCUUCCUGAACAGCCCGUCUCUGGAGAACGACAUAAAAGAGCAGGUUACAAACUACCUGUUGCUCUCUAGUGUGGCUGUUCGGACGCUUUGGGCCCUAACAGAUCGUCUGUGCAGCAGCACUAUGUAUAAACCAGUCGUUCUCACCUCAUGUGAGUUUCUAGAGCUCCUGGGAUUUGCCGUCGCAAGCAUCAGCUUGGUAUUCCACAAAUCGCUGUCCAUGAUUGCUCUGACAUUAUCGUUAACGGCCCUCAUCAUGGAUCUUCGCAUGAAGUCACCCUUGGCUCUCCCUAAUCUAGCCUGCUUUGCUGUGAUCAGCGGCGCUACCUUCUUCCACUCCUUGAAGAUCCAAGCAAACCCCUUUGCGCUCAGCUGCUUCCUGGGCCGGCUUAUCUGCGAGCCUCUUCUGGAUGUGUACUUCAGCAGUUUGUCGGCGACAGAGCGCUGGAAGCAGUUUCUCUCAGCCGGUCGUCUAUGGAGGAGAUUUUCUCUGUUCCCGCUGGCAUUCAUCGAGCUGGCCUUCUUUGUGCUCUGUGCCUUGAAGCUGGGUAACUUGAAAGUUUGGUACCUGGUCAUCCCUGGCUUCUGCAUCUUUGGCCUUUUGUGGAUCCUGUGCCACAUGGUGUUCCUCGUCUCACUAUGGUGCUUCCACACCAAGCUAAGUGAGUGUCAGAAGACGUUGGCAGCCCAACGCUCAGAAACGCUCAGUUUGGACAGGAUCAUGGCCUCUAGGGGCAUGCGUCAUUUCUGCCUCAUCUCUGAACGGCUGGUGCUCUUCUGCCUGAUGUCCACCAUCAUACUAGGGGCUGUCUCAUGGCAGGUCACUAAUGGACUCUUCAUGAGUGUGUUUUUAGUGGUACUGCCACUGGAGUCUCUGGCUCAUGGACUCUUCCAUGAACUGGGAAACUGCUUGGGAGGCACCUGUGUUGGGUAUGCAGUGGUAAUUCCCACUUGCUACAGCAGUGCAGAUGGACAGCCAUUGCUGUUGCCUCCAGGGCAAGGCCAGGAAUUGCACUCCACAGCUACUUUGAACGCUGUGCAGCGACUCUUCUCCCACCACCUCAUCCAGACCUUUGGAUGUGACUACUCCACCAGUCUAAGCCUGGAUACCCUGCAGGCCAAUCUGCGCUCCUUUCUGGAACUGUGCACCACAGAAGGUCCACGUCAUGACACCUACAUCCUCUACUACAGUGGCCACACACUUCCCAGUGGAGACUGGACUCUGGCAGGUGGCGAUUGCUUGCGUCUGCAGCAGAUUCUUGAUAUGUGGAAGGAACGGAAUGCCAGCUUCUCCUCCCGCCUCAUCCUUGUCCUGGACACUGAGAAUUCUGCACCAUGGGUGAAGGCGGUUCGAAAGGUGGAAAAGAUGUAUGUGGCAGUACAAGGAGCUAAGAUGAGCCCUGUUCAGGAUGCUGAAGCCCAGGAAGCCCCUCGGUUGGGAGACUUCACCGCUGAGUGGGUGAAAUACAACUGCGAUCCUGACAGUGGCGUGCAGUGGUCAGAGAGGGGUCGGGUCAUCUCUGCUAUAUACAGCGUGUCCAAACCCUGGAGUGACUACUCUCUCCACCUGCCCACCGGAAGUGAUGUGGCCAAGCACUGGAAAACACACUUCCCCAAGGCCACGUACCCACUGGUGGCUGUUGCGAACUGGUGCUGUGGACUCAACCUCCUGUGGCUAUGUAGUGUGUGUUUGCGCUGCGUCAGAAGACUGAAACUUUCUUGGUUCCCUCCCAGUAUACUAGACACAGGGCAAGGGAUUAAACUAGUCCGAUCAUAGGUGACCAGUUGGUUUGCUACUACACAAUGUACAUAUAUCACCAUAUAUCUUUUCUAUGCAAUUUGUGGGAUAUCUUUUAUCGACUGUUGCCUCUAACAAAUUACUUUAAACAGUUAUGGACAGGAAACUUGGAUCGCUC